CAAUCGUAUAUUAUAAUUUAUAAUAUGUUUUACUAUUAUAGUUAUUAGUCCAUUACUAUUAGAGAAUACUAUUGUACACGCGUGCGCGCACGCCGUCCCGCGACACGUAAUAAUUAUUCACAUUUCACGGGCGGAGCGUUGUUGUUUUUUUUUAUUCCAUAUCACACUCAACACUCCUCGCGCCACGCUUGACGCGCUACACGGCCGCAUUCGAGUAGUGUUGUACGUCUGUUUGUUUGUGAUCAGCAGCAGCGGAAUAAUAAUAUCCGAACGCGAAGUAACGACCAAACGACCGAGUUUAAUGUUUCACGCGCGUAUGACUGUUCGAGAAUAUAUUGUAUAUAAAUAAUUCGCAAGCACCAUCGUGUAAUUUUAUAAUAUAUAUAUAUAUAUAUAUACAUACACACACAGCCCGGUUAUCGUCUGUAUAUAUAUAAGUGUGCGUGUAUAUGUGUGUGUACAUAAAAUAAUAAUAUCGUAUUAUUUAUAAACGCGCGCGCGUCAACUGACGACGACGUCGCCGACGCCUGCAUUGCGUGAGCGCUCCAACUGAGUUGGAACGACGUCGACCGCCGCCACCGCCGCCGCCGCCGUCGAUAUCACCGCAACCACACAUGACCAAGCUGCGGCAGCCGCCGCCGCCACCAGUGCAUUGUCGUCCGCACUCCGCCACCAGUAUUUCGCCGUCCGCCGUACUGCAGACAGUGCAGUUGUAAAAUGCCAUUGCGCCUGUUCGGUCGGCGUCGUCACGGAUCCUAUCGGAAUAUCAACAGCACCGGCACGUCGUAGUGCCAGCUAGCGGUAAAAUGGCGGCGCCGUCGUCGACGACCACAAGCACGACCAACGCCACCAACAACAAUGCCACCGUCGCGGACAACGCGCCUUUGACGGCCGCCGCAGCGGCUGCGGCUACUAACGUGUGGCCAAACACCCGAGACAGUUACGAACUUCGCGAAGUCAUUGGCGUUGGCGCUACAGCUACUGUUCAUUGUGCUUUUUGUAAGCCUCGUCAAGAAAAAUGUGCCAUAAAGAAAAUAAAUUUAGAAAAAUGGAACACCAGCAUGGAUGAAUUAACAAAAGAAAUACAAGCCAUGUCAUGGUGCCAGCAUGAAAAUGUUGUAACAUAUCAUACUAGUUUUGUAGUUGGUGAUGAAUUAUGGUUAGUAUUACGUUUGCUAGAAGGGGGGUCAUUACUCGACAUACUAAAACAUAAAAUGCGCACAAGUGAUUGUCGUCAUGGUGUUCUUGAUGAAGCUACUAUUGCAACUGUUUUAAGAGAAGUUUUGAAGGGCUUGGAAUAUUUCCAUUCCAAUAGUCAAAUUCAUAGAGAUAUAAAGGCUGGCAACAUUCUUUUGGGUGAAGAUGGAACAGUUCAAAUAGCUGAUUUUGGAGUAAGUGCAUGGUUAACAACUGGUUAUGAUACUAAUCGUCAGAAGGUUCGACACACAUUUGUUGGCACACCUUGCUGGAUGGCUCCGGAAGUCAUGGAACAGGACCACGGAUAUGACUUCAAAGCAGACAUUUGGUCAUUGGGAAUUACAGCCAUUGAGUUAGCGACUGGAACAGCUCCAUAUCACAAGUAUCCACCAAUGAAGGUUCUCAUGUUGACACUUCAGAAUGAUCCACCAACAUUAGAUACUGGCGCUGAUCAAAAAGAUCAAUACAAAGCUUAUGGUAAAACUUUCAGAAAACUAAUAACUGAUUGUUUGCAGAAGGAUCCUACUAAAAGGCCUACAGCUACUGAACUUCUCAAACAUCCAAUUUUUAAGAAAGCCAAAGAUAAAAAAUAUCUCCAAUCAACUUUAAUUGCUAUUGGUCCUAGUUUAGAAACCAGAGUUCAAAAGGCAUCAAAAAGACAACCGGGCACAUCUGGCAGAUUACAUAGGACAAUAACUGGAGAGUGGACUUGGUCAUCUGAAGAAGAAUGUGAUGGACAGUCAUCGGAUGAUGAGUGUCAAGAAAAACCAUUAAAUAAAUUAAUUGAGGUCCCUCAAUCAUCUGAUAGUGAACAUGAAAGUGGUGAUGAACACUUAAAUCUUGUCCUACGUAUGAGAAACUCCAAUCGUGAACUAAAUGAUAUUCGAUUUGAGUUCUUAUUGGGAAAUGAUACCCCUGAUGGUAUUUCUACUGAACUUGUGGGAGCUGGAUUGGUAGAUAGCAGGGAUGCUGAUGUGAUAGCUAUGAAUUUGCGUGUGCUAAUUGGUAAUCAAACUCGCGAUAGACCAGUUACUUUUGCUCUAGUAUCUGGCUGCAACAGUGAUGAAAUACCGGAUGAGAAAAUGCUAGUUGGUUAUGCCCAGCUGUCUUAUGCAGAUUAAAAGCUUAGUUACUGAAUGAGUUUUACAUCUGUUGUGCCACUAAAAAAUUUAACUCUGUAUGUCUUAAUAAAAUUUUGUAUGCAUAUAUAUAUUAAAAUAAUAUAAUUUAUUUUUGUACAUAGAAUCUUAGUUCAGAUUUUGAAUAAAAAUAUAUAUGCUUUAGCAACAACA